AUGCGCAACAAGCCCAAUAAAUCAAGACCCCAGCGCAACUCGCGCCCUGCGAGGAAUGACAACAGAGAUCGUCCAUACCAAAAUUCGGAUUCCUAUCGACCUGGCGACAGACAUGAUCUCCCACCUCGACCGCCGCCACCGCGCGAUGACUUCCGAAACUCGGGAGGCGACUCGUAUCGUCCGAACGUGCCCCAGGGUGAUUUCACAUUUCGCAUGGACAAGCCUGCUGGAAUGCCAGAAUUCCCUUCUGAUUAUCGUGGUCCGCCGUCCGAUAGAAGAGGUCCCCGUCGCGAUGGUGGUAGAGGCCGAGGUCGUGGCAGAGGAGGAAGGCGCUGGCAACCCCCGCCUCACCCCUCCGAGCGCGCUCUAGUGUCAGGCGCGACACAGAACAUGCCCGAGGAGCGUCUAGGCGAAGACGGUAUUGCCAAGUUCCGCGAUGUCGACCAGUUGUCUGACGAUGACGAGCUUGAUAUGGACAUCUCCUCGUCCUCAGAGACUGAAGGCCCUUCCAAGAAGCGUGCCCGAACUACGAACGAUGAUGACAAUGAUGGCGAUGCAUCAGGCGAUGCGGCACCUAAGUGGUCUAACCCUGAUCCAUACACAGCUCUCCCCUGCCCCGAUGAAAGCACGCGCAAGAAGAAGGAUAUGGUUAAGCUCAUCCGAAAGGCUCGUCUCGAGGACCAGACGGGUAAGCUCGCUGCCUCAACGGAAGCUGAGGAUUUCAUCUCCUUCGAUUUUACCGAGGACGAGGACGAGGAGGCUAGUGAUGAGGAAGAAGAGGAACAAAAAGAUGCGCCACCACCUCCUCCCCGUGGUCCUCCUCCCACCAUCGAACAACCGCCGCCACCUCCACCGAACGCACCCUCCGGACCAAGAGCCGAUCUCGACAAGCCGCGGGCGCCUAAUGACGAUAUAAUGGAGGCUCGAAGACUGGCAAACGAUGGCCUGGGCUCUCGCAAACGUACUGCGGACGACGUCAUCAAGCCCCCCGAUUAUGGGCAAUUGAAGAAGGCCACUACAAAGCCCUCCAAGGGUUCGCUGCUACCUAGCUGGCAACCGAAGGCCACCGAGGAUCCCUGUCCUUGGGACACUGUCGAUCAUACUGCCACUACUAGCAUGGGAUUCCGACUACACAAAGAAGUUAUGGACUUCUAUGACUACGUUAGACCCCGUGACUUUGAACAGCGCAUUCGUGACAACCUCGUCGAGAACCUCCGCAAGGCUAUGCGCCGCGAUGGACGUAACUUUGCCAGCGCGUCCGUUCAUCCUUUCGGUUCCUUCAUGUCUGGUCUGUACCUCCCCACUGCAGACAUGGACUUGGUUGUCUGCUCGGCCAGCUUCAUGCGGGGCGGUCCCCCAACAUACCUCUCCGCCAAGAGCUGGCUGUACAAGUUCCAAAAGUUCCUCGUCGCUCAACAAGUUGCCGAACAGCAUUCUAUCGAGGUUAUCGCCCACGCUAGAAUUCCGCUCGUCAAAUUCGUUGACAAGCAGACCGGUCUCAAGGUCGACGUCUCAUUCGAGAACCUUGGUGGUGUGAACGCCAUCGAUACUUUCUUGCAGUGGAAGGAACAGUAUCCUGCUAUGCCCAUCCUUGUCACCGUGAUCAAACACUUUCUUCUCAUGCGCGGUCUCAAUGAACCUGUGAAUGGUGGAAUCGGUGGCUUCUCUGUUAUUUGCUUGGUCGUCAGUAUGUUGCAGCUUAUGCCACAGGUUCAAAGUAGAAGUCUGGUGCCCGAACACCAUCUCGGCGAAAUGCUCCUCGAGUUCUUUGAGCUUUACGGCUACGACUUUCAUCACGAGCGCAACGCCAUUUCUCUUACAAGACCUGUCGGAUACUCCACCGUCAACAGUCUGACAUACAAGAACUACGAUCGUCUUUCCAUCAUCGACCCCAACAACCCCGCCAACGAUAUCUCCGGUGGCUCUGCCAACACCCCAGCUAUUCUGAAUCGCUUCAAGGACGCCUUCAAUCUUUUACGUGACAGGAUGAGUGACAUUGCGCGCAACCCCAACAAGGGCAACAUUCUCGAGGUCAUUCUCCAGGGCGACUACUCUUCCUUCCGAAUGCAGCGGGAAUACCUUCGUCAUGUUCAUGAGAAACUCAUCGGUCCCUGCUAG